AGUGCACUGUUCAGGUGAAGCUGGAGCUGGGACAUCGUGCUCAGCUAAGGAAGAAGCCAACUACUGAUGGAUUUACUCAUGACUGGAUGGUGUUUGUUCGUGGGCCCUGAGCAGUGUGACAUUCAACAUUUUGUGGAGAAGGUGGUUUUCCGGCUUCAUGACAGCUUUCCCAGACCUAAACGUGUGUGCAAGGAACCCCCUUACAAAGUAGAAGAAACUGGAUAUGCUGGCUUCAUUUUACCGAUUGAAGUAUACUUCAAAAACAAGGAAGAACCCAAAAAGGUGUGUUUUACAUAUGAUUUGUUUUUAAACCUGGAGGGGAAUCCACCAGUUAACCAUUUGCGCUGUGAGAAGCUGACCUUCAAUAAUCCAACCAAGGAAUUCCGUAGGAAGCUGCUCAAAGCAGGAGGGGUGAUGGUUAUGCCAGAGGGAGCAGAGACUGUGUCAAGACCAAGUCCAGACUACCCCAUGUUACCCACAAUUCCUCUCUCUGCAUUUUCUGAUCCAAAGAAAGCAAAGCCAUCAUCGCAUCCCUCAAAGGAAAGCAGCAAAGAUAGCAACAAAACAUCAAAACCCCACAAAGUAACAAAAGAACAUAGAGAACGAAUGAGGAAAGAUUCGGAAAGUAAAAGCAAAGAGAGUGACAUAAGUAAACCAGUUAAGGAAUCUUCUUCUUCUCGAAAACCAGCUGAGAACAAACCAACUAAGGAAGAAAAAGCACCUAUUAAAGUAGCCUUUAAGGAACAAAAACUAACGCUUAAAGAACCCAAACUGGAGAACAUGUCUCCAAAAGGGGGUCCUUCUGAUGCCAAACCUUCCAGCAAGAGACCACCAAACAUAGACUCUCCCAAAUCUAGCAGUAAAAAGCCAAAAAAAGGCAACUCCAAAGGACUUGCAGUUUCAACAACCUCUCCUCGUGCUCCACCUAAUCCUAGCAACACAGUCACCUGUUAUACAGAUAAAAAAUUGGUCAAAGAAAAACCAGUAAGCAAAGCAGACAGGCCCAAGCCAGACCCUGAUGUUAAGAAAGCAGUUGAAGCCGAUGACUCAAACUCUGAUGAGGAAGGAUCAUCAAAAUCUGGGUCCAUCCCAUCUAGCCCAUCAAACAGCAGCUCCACUUCAGACUCCAGCUCUGAAUCCGACUUUGAACCUUCCCAAAACCACAGCCAAGGCCCUUUGCGAUCUAUGGUGGCAGAUCUUCAGUCAGAAGAGUCUGAUGAUGACAGCUCAUGCGGGGAGGAGGCAACACCGAAGAAUAAAACAGCAGGUCGAGAUUCUCGAAUGAGCUUGAGUGACAGUGAUAGUGACAGCAGUGAUGACUCUUGUGCUCCUAGUCGUGGUACCACCCCCAUACAGAAGAUGCCACCAACAAAUAACAAGAGCUCUGGCCAUAGAAGUCCUGAGACUUGCAGCAAGUCGGAUAAAAUGUUAAAGAAGGGAGUGUAUGACAAGGCAUACACAGAUGAAUUAGUUGAUUUGCACAGAAGACUGAUGGCUCUGCGAGAGAGGAACAUCCUGCAACAGAUCGUUAAUCUUAUAGAAGAAACAGGCCACUUCAAUGUCACAAACACAACUUUUGACUUUGAUCUUUUCUCAUUGGAUGAAACAACUGUUCGCAAGCUACAGAGUUACCUAGAAGCUGGUGCCACAUGA